ACGCAGUUGUCCCGCGGGCGAUGGGCCUUUGCCUUUGCCCUCGUCACCUCCCUCUUCUUCACAUGGGGAUUUGCGUACGGUCUUCUUGAUGUCCUCAACUCCCACUUCCAGACCGUCUUCGGUAUCACCAAGCUCCAGAGUACAAUGCUGCAGCUGGCGUACUUUGGUGCUUACCUCGUCUGGGCACCGUUUGCCGGUAUCUUCAUGCGGCGCAACGGCUACAAGAAAGGAAUUCACUUGGGCUUAGGACUCUAUUCCCUCGGCGCCAUCUUCUUCUGGCCCUCUGCCAAGUUCGAAAAGUACGGCGGCUUCGUCGGGUGCACCUUCGUCAUCGGCUGUGGACUCGCGACGCUCGAGGUCGCCGCCAACUCGUACAUCGCCGUGCUCGGCACGCCCAAGUACGCCGCCGCGCGCCUCAACUUCAGCCAGGGCUUCCAGGGCGUCGCGUCCUUCGCAGGCCCGCUCAUCGCCAGCAGGUGGUUCUUCCAGGGCAAAAACGCCACGACCUUAGAUACCGUGCAAUGGGUUUAUCUCGCCGUCGCUGGUCUCGGAGUGGUGCUCAACAUCCUCUUCUACUUCUGCGACCUGCCGGAGAUCACAGAGGACGCGCUCGAGGAGGAAAUGCACACAGUGGGCAUUGAGAAAGCGCAGGAGCCGUUCUUGAAGCAGUACCGCUGCAUCUUCGGCUGGGUCGCGCAGACCUGCUAUGUCGGGGCACAAGUCGGCGUCGCCUCCUUCGUGGUCAACUUCCUCGUCGACCAGGGCGUCGGCAUCUCGCAGUCGCGCGCCUCGACGCUCUUCUCGCUCUGCCAGAUCACGUUCACGAUCGGACGCUUCGUCGGCGUCGCGAUCCUCAACUUCAUCGACCCUGCACUGCUGCUCAGCUUCUACGGCCUGUGCUGCGCGGCGUUCUCCAUCGGCGUGUCGCAGGCGCACGGGUACGGCGGCGUCGCGUGCCUGUUCUGCCUGUUCUUCUUCGAGAGCAUAUGCUACCCGUGUAUAUUCACCAUCGGCACGAAGAACCUCGGCGUCCACACAAAACGCGGGUCCGGCCUGAUCGUCAUGGGCGUCGGAGGCGGUGCAUGGUACCCCUCGGCGCAGGGCGGGCUCGCCGACGCGGUCAACACGCGCACGUCGUACCUCGUUCCCAUGACCGGUUACAUCGUCAUGACCAUCUACGCGCUGUGA